CGGUUGCACGCUGGUCAAGAUAUAUUUCUCGAGUCGAGAUAUCACUUGUGUCACAAUGUCAAAAAUGUGAAUGAAAACUAAUCUGAUAUUUAGUUUCGUAGCUAUACGCAUUGCCUUACUGUAUAGAGUGUAACACAUGUCGUAAUCAGGAGUCUGGUGGGUAAAAUUCGACUAAAAAACGACCAGAUUGAAUAUCUAGUGUAAUGGCCGCUUGCCAUUUGCUACGAAGACAGUUCACUGUGGUGUUGCUGGCUGUAGUUGUUCUUGCUCUGGGAUCCUCUUGCUUUGCAGAAGAGCCAAUGGAGCCAACGGAACCUACACCUACUGAGCCUGAGGAGGGACCAAGCAACAGCACUAACCAAAGUUCUAACUUGUUUACGACUCCUACAACAACCUCAACACAUAGCAUAGCUACUUCAAGCUCUCUUUAUUCAGAGCAGUGGAGCACUUCCAGUUUUACUGCUAGUGUUGUCAGUAAAAAUACUGAAAAUCCUCCUAGAAAUUCUCAAGUUCUUACAACUGCAGUUAGUACCUAUGGAAAUGGAGCGCUGGUACCUACAUCAGCAGUUUCAAAACCUUCUACUGGAAAUAGCUUGUUUAUUGCUACAAGUAAGACACAAGGUUCAGUUGUCAUGUCUUCCCAAGCCUCUGUACUCCCGAAAGCUUCUGCAGUUGGAAGCACAAAUGCAUUGAAAACUUUGCAUUUAAGUAACUCUUCUUCAGUUGUCCAGAGAGCUACAUCUAGUGCCUUCUUACAGACAGAGAAUGCUGUUAGUGCGAGCCAGUCUUCCACAAUCAUGCCUGAUACAACCAAGGCUUUGCCAUCACCUUCUUCUAUAACAUCUAGCUCUGCAUUGCAAACUAAAACUUUCUCAAGUAUGGAUCAUUCUUCAACCAUCUUGUCUAACAUGACAUAUGUUGUCCAAGGGAUAAUAACCUCAACCAUUUCCCCAUCAUCAUCUGUUUGUAUUGAGUGCACUACAGUUUCAUGCUCUACUGUAGUUUCAAACUCCACUGUUUUUGGAGUUAGUCCUUCACCAUCCUUAUCUAGGACUCAAGGAACCACUUUUCGAACGAUGACACUAUCUUCUAAUAGCAGCAUUGCAAUGGAAAAAACUACAAAUUCUAGCAAUAUUUUAACGCCCACCACUACAGGGAUAAAUAUGACAAGAACGUCUGUGAUUAGGACAGCACCAUUAUCAGUGAUCCCCACAAGUUCAUGGAAUCAGUCUUCGGCCUCUGAUUUUAUGGCACAGACUUCAACAGUUUCUCCCAGUAGUGCAGGAUUAUUUUCAAGUGUUUACAGCAAACAGUUGAAUUUCACUGCCUCAUCGUCUGUGUUGCCUAGAACGUCUUCUAUCGUGCUAACAACUCCAACUACCCCACCAGUUCACGCGCCUUCAGCUCCCCCUCAAGAUGUCCAGGCUUAUAACACCAGCUCCACCAGUAUCAGGGUAACAUGGCGACCCCCACCAUCAGAUACUCUUAAUGGCGUUCUUACAAAGUAUGAAGUCUUAGUACGAAAACUCGUAAGAUCAUCAGCAUCACAGAGUGCAUCUCAAACCAGCUCACCUCGAGUUAGUAGUACAUAUAUAACUGCGUCUUUAUCAAGUGGCGUUAGACACACUCUAAGUACUAUUAGCGCAACUGGAACUAAUCCGUCUUCCUCUACGAUUGUUCCUCCCACUGAACCAACGGAGGCCCCUAUUGAACCUACAUCACCUCCGGAGAGCUUGGUGGCUCCCAUCGACGCAGGCUUGAAUCUCAGCAUAAUCGUGAGCAAUCUUGAGAAGUUUACAUUUUACGAAGUGCGGGUUCGUGCUGUGACUGUUCGACCUGGUCCUUAUAGUGCUCCUGUGAAUGUUCAAACGGAUGAAGAUGUUCCAAACACUUGUCAGAACAUCUCGUUAUCCAGUCAGAAUUCAACAUCAGUGAUGGUUCACUGGACAAGGCCUUUACAGACCAAUGGCAUUCUUUUGGGAUACAAGAUAUAUUAUGGGUUAAAUGGUUCAAGAUUUUCGACUAAAAUGGUUGCAAGUAAUGAAGAGGCUUACCUCCUGGAGGGCCUGCUACCGUUUACUCUAUACAUAAUUAGAGUGAUGGCCUUUACAAGAAAAGGAGAAGGAGAACCAGUCUCGACCUCCUUUAAGACGCUGGAAGCAGCCCCUUCAGCCAUUCGAAAUCUUACUGGAGUGGCCAUCAACUCGACAGCUGUAAAUAUCUCUUGGACAAGACCAGAGUAUCCAAACGGAGAAAUCAAAUAUGUUGUUAUGAUGACAACUUCAAGCGGAGAAGAAUUUUUGCAGUCUGUUAAGAUCUACCAAGGGCGCGAGACGUAUUGUAUAGCUACGGGGCUCAAACCAGUUACCCGUUACCUAUUUUCUGUUUCUGCCAUGAACGUUAAACAUCUAUGGCAAAGUACAGUGGUUGAUGUAGCGGUGAUAACAUCAGCAGCAGAGCCUUCUGGUCCACCGCUGGAUAUUCAAACCACAGUAAAGAAUUCUACAUCCAUCCUGGUACAGUGGCAGCCACCACUUCCUUCUCUCAGGAAUGGGUUGAUAAAGAAAUAUGUCGUUCAAUAUUCGUCAGAUAAAAGUACCUACCUAUCCAAAGCCACGCAGGACAAUAGCACUCGUCUAUUGCUUACAUCUCUGUCCCCUUAUACAAUGUAUUACAUCAAAGUGCAGGCUGUUAAUCUCGCUGGGGCGGGUCCUUUUAGUGAACCUGUGACCAACAUGACGUUGGAAGAUGCACCCAGUCCUCCCACAAACAUCACGGCCAGAAGUGUCAAUGCAACGUGCGUGUUGGUCUCGUGGGGCAAGCCAGUUCAUCUGAACGGCGAGACGAUCAGCUAUGAACUUUACUAUAGAUUGACGUCUGUUAAUGCAAGUCAAGAUAGCCUUAUCUACGAUGGUGAAUCCACCAUCCAUGUGAUCUGCGGUCUGCACGAGUAUGCCAACUACACUUUCACUUUAUAUGCUAGUAAUGUUAAGUUCGGGUAUAAAAGUUCUCCUGUCCUUGCUAUGGAAACCACUCACCCAGCUGCGCCGUCAGGCCCUCCACAAAACACUCGUGCAGUUACCAUAUCAUCUCGUUCGAUUCUCGUCCAGUGGGAACCACCCAAGGCUCUGGAUAUGAAUGGUAUAAUCACGAGAUACCUUAUCAACAUGAAACGCCCAGAUGGUGCUUAUGAAAGUCGCACUUUGAAUGGGACCAGUAACUCGUGGGUAUUUAAGGGUCUACGACCAUACAAAGUGUAUGUUUUUACUGUGCAAGCUGUGAAUUUGGUUGGCGCAGGCCCUCGAAGCCCUCCUAUAUCAAACACAACCUACGAAGAAAUUCCUGAUGCACCCAUCAUUGAUCAAGUUACCAACCUAAGCUCCACAGUUUUACAGAUCGGCUGGCUCGUUCCUUUAAAUCCAAACGGAAAGUUGACUGAGUUUGCUGUUUGUUGGGAACUCCUUGAUUGGUCGAGCAAAACGUGUAACGUAACUGAUGGUACUACGAGAACUUUCAAUAUAUAUGGACUAGAACCGUACAGUUUGUAUAACAUCACCAUAAGAGCUGCAACAUCCCAAGGUUAUGGCCCGUUUGUUUCAGGUUUAUACCGCACCAUGGAAGGAGUCCCAUCGAAACCACAGAAUCUCCAUGCAUGGAAUACAAGUGCUACAUCGAUAUUUGUCACGUGGAAAGCACCAGUAAAGAACAACGGAAUCUUAAUUUCCUACAAGGUUUCCUACAGGCCAAGUCAAAAUUCGUCUGUUCCUGACAGCGCGGAUUUUGGGCUGUCCACCAAUUUUACUUUAAGAAACUUGAAAGCUUUUACAUUUUAUUGUGUUUGUGUACAAGCCACAACUAGUCAAGGGCUUGGAGAUAAAGCAUGUGGAUCUUUUAGUACUGAUGAGGGUGUUCCUGGAGCAGUCUCAUCGUUCAGUGCCCAGGCAGAUUCUUCUUCUUCAAUCCACUUAACCUGGAGCGCGCCAAGUCAUCCUAAUGGGAAGAUCGGUUACACCUUGUACUAUUACUCAACGAUCAACCCUGAACUGAAUGACACAAUAGGAUUUCUUAGUGAUCACCUAUCUUACUAUGUCAAUGGGUUGGAGCCCUAUACAAACUACACCUUUGGCAUCACUGCUUAUAACCUGAAGAAAGGUUUAGAAGGUCCUGCGCGUCUUGUUGUAGCAAAGACCAAACCUGCUCUUCCAGAAGGUCCUCCUUUAAAUGUCAGAGUUGUCAAUUCUACAGAUGAGUCGUUAACCAUCUCGUGGGAUCCCCCCGCUAAGCCUAACGGACCAAUAAAAGGCUACCGUCUAAUGAUUAACGAUGUAAAAACACCCAAUGAGAAAGAUUACCCAGAAGUUGAUGAUAAAAUGUACACCAUAAAGUCACUCAAAGCUUCGCAUCAGUAUGCUAUUAAAAUUGGUUCCAUUCCCGCUUGGGGCGUGCAAACUGGACCCUGGACAGAUAAAUACAUCUUUACAACGCAACCUUCAGCCCCUCCUGCAUUGCGGCCCAUCAAGCCUCCAGACAAAGACAUGAUCACAUCAAACGAGAUCGUCAUAGAGUUGCAAAAAGCAUCGAAUGAAAAUGGAAAAAUAAACUUCUACCAGGUUAUUGUUCUGGAAAUAGCUACCGAUGAAGAGGGAAAUCCUGUACAACAGGAUAAAAACCCAGACGAGUAUAAACCAUCAGAUCUGCUAACUUACCAGGAAGCCAGGAAGAGGAAACCAGACCUCGUACCAUACAUCACUGCAGAAUUUUCUGCAGAAGACUUCCACAGUUACCGGAUAUUUAGAGUCGGUGACGCAAAGAAUUAUAGUACAACGGCGAGAAGGAGGAGGGACACGGAUGGACAUUACUAUAAUGGACCACUUGAGCCUGGUACAUACUAUAGUGUGUUCCAAAGGGCAGCAGUGACAAGGGACCUGUACACGUCGACCGGUUGGCUGCGACCAGUGUCCACAGCAGCAUCGUCUACAGCUGCCAAAAGAAAGGCUGGUUCAAGUACGAACACUGGACUGGUUGUUGGAUUAUGUGUGACUUUCAUACUCAUCAUUAUUUUUAUCGUCAUCGUUUUUACCAUUCUCUGGAAAAAACGUCGUUUCGACUUCGGUGUCAUGUUGGAUGAUGAGAGCAGUUACACUGGAGGUCGAUCCUUACGGCUUAAAAAGAUACGAGGCAGUAAGCGACGUACGUCAAGUCGUGGUCUAAUGGGAUCUACUGACUCUUUGGAUAACCUUGAUGACAUCAACAGAAGGCGACAGCCGAUUCCUGUUGAAGACUUUCCUAACCAUGUUCGUAGGAUGCAUAUUGAUGGAGAUAUAGGUUUUUCAGAAGAAUACGAAUUAGUUCAACCCAACGACGAGGAAUUUACUUGGCACCACUCUCUCCACUCAGCAAAUAAAUACAAAAACAGAUACGCCAACAUCGUGGCCUAUGAUCACUCGCGUGUCAUUCUCACUCCGAUUGAAGGCGUAGCAGGAUCGGAUUACAUCAAUGCUAACUACAUCGAUGGGUACAAUCGGUCUGGUGCUUAUAUCGCUUGUCAAGGACCCCUCCCAGAGACAUUUGAUGACUUCUGGCGUAUGAUUUGGGAGCAAGGAACAGCGACUGUCGUCAUGCUUACCCAACUAGAAGAGCGUGGAAGGAGAAAAUGCGACCAGUAUUGGCCAGAUCGUGGCACCAAAAAUUAUGGUAUGAUCAGAGUAACUGCCAGUGAGACAUCCCACAUGUCUUAUUACAUCUUGCGGACAUUUAUUCUGUCUCACAAGCAAGAGGAAGAAGAACCCCGACAAGUAAAGCAGUACCACUUUACUUCGUGGCCUGAUCAUGGCGUCCCUUCACACCCAGCACCACUUCUGUCACUGGUGCGUACGGUGACCAAUGCAAAUCCCGCCUCUUCUGGGCCGAUAGUUGUGCAUUGUAGUGCCGGCGUUGGUCGUACAGGGACAUACAUAACCCUUGAUGCUAUGUUACAGAAAAUUGAAAAAGAGCAAACGAUAGAUGUAUUUGAAUUUGUCAAGCAGAUGAGGACGAAAAGAAAUAUCAUGGUUCAAACAGAGUCCCAAUAUGUAUUUAUUUACGAUGCUCUUAACGAAGCCGUCUCGUGUGGUGUCACAGAAUUUGAGGCCAAGAAAUUCGGUGCCCGACUUCGCGAAUUACGAGAGGUUGACCCAAACACUGGCCGAACCUACAUGGAAAAAGAGUUCCUGCGACUUGUUAAAGAUGAAAGACACCCGUCUACAUUUAGAAAUGCUAAUCUUGGAAUUGACUCUUCCAAAAAUAGAUAUGCCAACAUAUUACCAUAUGAAAAAACUCGCGUGCACUUGAAAAUGCGUCCAGGAGAGCUCGGAUCGGACUAUAUUAACGCUAGUUACAUAGAUGGUUACUGCCGUUUGAAUGCUUUCAUAGCAACUCAAGCUCCAGUGCCAAACACAUUUGAAGAUUUCUGGCGCAUGAUUUGGGAACAAAAAUCAUCAGUCAUAGUAAUGUUAACAAGAGAAGAAGAGGGAGGCAAGGUGAAAUGUCACCGUUACUGGCCAUCUGAUGGUACGCGUAUAUUUGAUAAUGUUUUGGUAGAACUAUCGGAGGAAGUGUCAUACUCUGAUUAUGUCAUGAGGCAGUUUAGCGUAACACACACAGAGGAGAAGGAGGUCCGUAUUGUCCGUCAAUACCAGUAUAUGGACUGGCCUGAUAUUGGUUUACCAGAGUCUGGUGUGGGUGUUAUUGAUCUAAUAGGACAAAUUGAAAAGUGGCAACAACAAAGUUGUAAUUCAAUGAUAACUGUACACUGCAGUGGUGGUGUAGGCCGAACUGGAGUGUUUUGUGCUGUUAGUAUUCUGAUUGAACGAGUCAAGGCUGAAGGAAUAAUAGAUGUGUUCCAGACUGUACAGUCUCUUAGACUGCAAAGACCUGCCAUGGUUCAGACAAUAGAACAGUAUGAAUUUUCUUACUCAACUCUUCAAGAGUAUUUAGACUCCUUUGACUUGUACGCCAACUUCCAGUAACUGCACAGCGGUCAACGCAUGCGCCAGAGAAAAGAAACAGUAAAUACUGCUGACCUUGAAUAUUUUCAAAGGUAAUAAGUAUUAAGAAGAAAUUCGAUUCAAACAUGCUUUAUCUUUUGUUAAUUAAGAAAUUUUAUAAAUAUUUUUUUAGGGAAGUAUUUUAUAAGUGUUUUAUAGGCGCUAUUUAAGCGUUGUUUUGAUUAGAAAUUCCCCUGAUUUAGUAAUGAUGUCCCCAAACAAAUACACAGCGUCUCUAUUUUGAAAAAGCUCAUCGAUUACCGUGAGAAAUUCAAACAAUUUGGCGACAAGGUCUCUUAUCCUUUGUCUUAUCUUGAAGCCACCAAAGGAUUAUUUCUUUAAAACAUUUUUAAGGGAUCAAUUUAGAAUGACGUUUAGACAUAGAGGGCUUGAAUAUUUAAGCUGAGAAGAAAUUCAAAAAUUAAACUUUUUAAAAAUACCAGAAUUAAUUUCAAAUGUAAGCAAGCAAAAGUGGGGAUUUUUCUUCUUAAACGGGCGCCAUGGUUCUCGUUAGAAGAGGAUACGACUGAUAAAGGGGUUAAUGAAAGCUGAAAGCUAACAGAAGGUACCUUGGCUGGCCUUAUCACUUCCAUUGACAUUAACACCUAUCUUAAGCUCGUGUCAAGAAAAUAAUUGCAAUUUUUUUUUUGACUGCCUGUUUUUUGCUUAGUCAAAUUAAUGGUAGAAUUUUUGUGUCAAAGCAUUGCUUCAAAGCGAAAAUUUGAAAGCAAAGGAAAUUGAAAGAUAAGAAACAAAAAUAAAUACUCCUACGUUGAUCAACUUGUCA